AUGCUGCGGCUUAUCGUGCAGUCGGCCAAGAUUAGCCCACCCCUAAGCCCCCCACCCAGACCCUGCGUGUCCGUGUACUUCAGAGAUGUCAAGAGGACAACUCGUGAGGUGGAAGGCAAUCACCCCGUGUGGAAUGAGACGCUCAUCUGGCACCUCUGGAACCACCCCCUGCAGAAGGACUCUUUCCUGCAAAUCACCCUUCGAGACAUGGGCUCAAUGAAGAAGGAAAGGUUCAUUGGCAUGGCCACAGUACUGCUCAAGACCUUGGUGAAAAAGCCAAGAAAGAUCCUUUUCGUGAAUGACCUAACCCUGCUCAACCAUUCCAUGAUGCCGACAGAGUGCACUGUCACGUUACAGGCGGCCCUUAUGACCUACAAGGACAUUGAGAAGAUUGGCGAUGAAGACCUCCUGGCCAUAACAGCUCAAGAGGUGGCCAAGCAGAAGCUGAUGUUUCCCAGUGCCACAGUGCACAAGGCUCUGUCCCCAAAGCCUCAGCACUUCCAGGUCCGCGUGCAGCUGUUUGAAGCCCGGCAGCUGAUGGGCAACGACAUCAAGCCAGUGGUGAAGGUGGUCAUUGGGGGCCACCAGCACCACUCACGGAUCAAGAUGGGGAACAACCCUUUCUUCAAUGAGCUCUUCUUCCAGAAUUUUUAUGAGGCUCCCAUGAAGUUCUUCGAUGAGAUUAUCUUAAUCCAGGUGAUGAAUUCCUCAGUGAUGAGAUUCAAUGCAGAGAUCGGGAGAUUCCAAACAGAUAUUGGGUUCAUCUACAACUGUCCAGGUCACACACUCCUGAGGAAAUGGCUUGGCCUCUGCCAGCCAAACGAACCCAACAGUGGUGUGAGAGGCUACCUGAAAGUCACCAUCUGUGCCCUCGGCGUGGGAGACCAGGCCCCGGUCGAUAAAAAACUGAUCUAUAGGGUUGACGACACGGACACCCGGAUCUUCAAGUCGUCGGUGGUGCCCAUCAGCAUAGCCUACUUACAGUUCUUCAUCUACUGUGCCGAGGACCUCCACCUCAAGAAACACUACUCUGUGAGUCCUGCGUUGGAGGUGGAACUAAUUGGGGAAAAGCUCAAGACAAAUGUGCAGACCCAAACCGAGAGCCCGAUAUGGAACCAGAUCCUGACCUUCCGGAUUCAGCUUCCCUGCCUCUCCAGCUAUGUCAAGUUCAGAGUCUUGGACUGCCCCAGGAACAGGUGCAAUGAUGAGAUCGGGACGGUCAGCCUGUCCCUCAACCAGAUCUCAUCCACUGGAGCCGAAAUAGAAGGAAUGUACUCUGGCUUCCUACCCUGCUUUGGCCCCAGCUUCUUGACUCUCCGUGGGGGUAAAAAGGCCCCUUUCAGGAUGAAGGAAGAAGACCCUAAUAUUCCCAACAUUGUCAAGGAUGGUUUAGCUUAUCGAGGCCGGGUCUUCCUGGAGUUAAUCACCCACGUCAAAUCCCGUCAAGAAGCUAAGAUGAAGGAUCUCUCCCUAGAUGUGAUCAGCGUAGAGAAACACCAGAACCGACAGAAGUAUGGGCUGUGCGUCAUCUUCCUUUCCUGUACCAUGAUGCCUGACUUUAAGGACCUGAUCCAAUUUGAAGUCAGCAUUGGCCACUAUGGAAACAAGAUGGACCUGAGUUACAAGCCUCUCGUCUCAACCACACAGUACAGCCCAGCGAUAUACGAUGGGAACAUCUACCAUUACGUGCCCUGGUACAACACCAAGCCCGUCGUGGCCGUGACCUCCUUUUGGGAGGACGUCAGCUUCCGUAUGAACUGCCUCAACCUCCUCCAAUUCACGCGGGAUCGCCUGAAGGCCAAUCUGGACACCCUGAAGUCCAUGAGGAAUCCGAGGGACCCGGCUCUGCUUCCCCAGUGGGAGAAACUGCUGAGGGAGCUGGUGGAAGACUGCAAGCGGCCGCUGCCCUGCAUGACCAGUCAGCCCAAAGCCACCGACCUGGACAAGAACAGGUGGAAGCUCCGCCGCCUCCUUCUGCAGGAACUGGCCCAGAAGGCCAAGCAGGCGCCCCCCAGGGACAUGGUGGCCACCGCAGAGGGCUGGCUGUACCGCCUCAACGCCGUGCUCCCCGAGCCACAGAUGAACCUCCCGGACGUGAUGAUCUGGCUGAUGUCCCGGGAGCAGCGGGUGGCCUACGCUCAGGUGCCCGCCCACAGCGUCCUGUUCUCCCCAGAUGGGGCCCGGCACUCCGGCAGGUUCUGUGGGAAGACACAGACCCUAUUCCUGCAGUACCCAGAGGGAGAAGGAGAGAAGGACACCCUCCCCGGCCAGCUCCGGGUCUGCAUGUGGCUGGGCAACGUGACUGACAGCAGGGACCUGGAGCUGCUCCGCCAGGGCGAAGUGGUCGUGUAUGCAGAGACGUACGAGAACCAGGCCAAGUUUAAGGGCCAGUGGGGACAACAGUUCCUGCAACACUGCCCCAACUUCUCGGAUGUCUUGGGGCACAAGGCCCUUCCCAAGGAAGAUUUCAAAGAGCCCCAUGGAUGGCACUGGGACGGUCCGUGGACAGUGGAGCCUCAGAGGAGGCUGCUCCUGGACACGGACAUCAACAAGAGCCAGGUGCUGGAGGAGGUGUAUGAGAACCAGCGCCGGGAUGCCGUGGGGGCCUGGGUGCCUGCCGCCAUCCCCAACACGGAUGUGAAUGGAGAGCCCGUGGAGGCCCGGGAGAUUGUGCAGUGCCCCCAAGGCUGGCAUGUGAAGCAAACCUGGGCUGUGGAGCUGAACCAUGCAGUGGACAAUGAGGGCUGGGAGUACGGCGUGGGCAUCCCGCCCUCGGGGCUGCCCAAGGUCUGGAACUCGGUGGAAAAGACCUACUACUCACGCCGGCGCCGGCGCUGGGCACGAGUGCGCUACCGGGACCACGGGCAGCUGAGCCACGAACAGGAGACCCUCUCCUUCCUGCAGCUGCACCACCCCGGCCUGGCUGAGGACGAGGCAGGCUGGGAGUACGGUGUCUUCGGCUCCAAGUUCCACCUGAACCCUGAGCCCCAGAGCCGCUUCCGCCGCCGCUGCUGGCACCGCAGGCUGGCCCCCAACAAGGUCAAGGGCAUUGCACCCAUAUUCCUCCUGGAGGGAUCCUUGAGCACGGAUAUGAAAGAGCAGGCGAGGAGGGAGGUGGACAUGGUGUCGUCCACACGGAGGCUGGACAGAAUCAUGAGUUCUCGGAGGGCGCCCCCAGGGAUCACCCAGACGCCCAGCCUGCCUUUCAUCUACUGCGUCUUCAACAAGCCCCACUACUACCAGCUCUUCUGCUACAUCUACCAGGCCCGGAACCUGAUGUCCAGCCGCGUCCAGACAUUCCAGGGGCCCUUCAUCAGGCUGGCCUUCUUGAACUACAGCCAGUGCACCCAAAGCCUGAAGAGCUCCGCAGCCCCCACAUGGGCCCAGACGCUCACCUUUCAGCACCUCCUUCUGUACGAGAGCCCUCAGGACACCAGAGACAGCCCGCCAUGCGUGGUGUUGGAGCUGUGGCAGCGGGACCCCCAGGGCAGUGAGACACUGUGGGGACGGAGCAUGUGGCACCCGGUGGUCUGGCUGGACGCCCAAGACCGGAUCCUGCCCCCCAUGAGGUGGCACCCCCUUGUAAAAGGGCUGGAGGACGAAGAGGGUGAAAUCUUGGCGUCCUGUGAGCUGAUCCUUGAGACUGAGAGCCUCAGACAGCAGCUGCCCAUGUUAAGUGUGCCCUGGAAGGACGGCAUCUACAUCCUCCCCAAGAGCAUCCAGCCCACGCUCCGGAAAAUGGCUAUUGAGAUGCUGGUCUGGGGCCUUCGCAACAUGAAGCAGGUGCGCUCGCCCCGGCUCCUGGUGGAGUGCUGGGAGGAGUGCCUGCAGACGGAGCCCAUCAGGGACUUCCAGACCAAUCCCAACUUCGCCCAGUCCGCCCUCCUCCUCACGCUGUACAUGCCUACGGAGGAGACCUUUGCGCUGCCCCUGGUGCUGAAGGUGGUGGACAGUCAGGACUUCGGCCAGGAGACCGUGGUGGGUCAGGCCAACGUUCACUCUCUUCAGCCCUACUUCUGUGACCCCUGGGCUGAGGACUACGUGCCUCCGCGGCCCCCAACACUGUCGGUGAAAAAGUACCAGGAGCUCCUAGGUUACCUCUGUGAGAAGUUCUGGUUCAAGUCCAGCAAAGCUGAGGACGAAUAUGACCAGGAAGUAGACUGGUGGAGCAAGCUGUUCUGGGCCACAGGAGACGCUCCCCAGACCUUGAAGUACAAGUACAAAGACUAUCACACCCUGAAGGUGUAUGACUGUGAGCUGGAGGCUGUGCCAGCCUUCCAAGGCCUGCAGGACUUCUGCCAGACCUUCAAACUCUACCAGGAAUGGCCCAGGCUGGACAGCCCUGUGGUAGGGGAGUUCAAGGGCCAGUUCCGCGUCUACCCCUUUCCUGAGAACCCGGAAGCUCCCAAGCCCCCUCGCCAGUUCCCGCUUUGGCCUAAGAAAGAGGACUUCCCCCAGCAGUGCCUGAUUCGGGUGUACAUGGUGCGAGCCUUCCACCUGCAGCCCCAAGACCUCAAUGGCCUGUGUGACCCUUACGUGAUCCUGAAACUGGGACAGACGAUGCUUGGCAACCGGGACAAGUACCAGCCCAACACUCUGGACCCCAUCUUUGGCGUGAUGUUUGAACUGAGCUGCACCAUCCCCCUGGAGAAAGACCUAGAGAUCCAGCUCUAUGACUUCGACCUAUUCUCACCUGAUGAUAUGAUUGGAACCACAGUCAUUGACCUGGAGGACCGACUCCUGUCUGGCUUUGGAGCUCGUUGUGGGCUCUCCAAAUCCUAUUGCCAGUCAGGGCCCUUCAGGUGGCGGGAUCAGAUGCCCCCAAGCUUGCUCUUGGAGCACCAUGCCAAGCGAAAGGGACUACCGCCGCCUCUCUUCAGCCCUGAGGGUGACUCUGUUUAUUACAACGGGAAAAAAUUCGAACUGCAAAGCUUUGAACUCAAGCCCCCUAGAGCGCGCUUCCUGGGAUCUAAGAAAGAGCGCCUGGCUCUGUACCUCCUGCACACCCAGGGGCUGGUACCCGAGCAUGUGGAGACCCGCACUCUGUACAGCGACAGCCAGCCGGGCAUCGACCAGGGAAAGGUGCAAAUGUGGGUGGACAUCUUCCCCAAGAAGCUUGGGCCUCCCGGCCCCCCAGUCAACAUUGGGCCCAGGAAACCUAAAAGGUAUGAGCUCCGCUGCGUUAUCUGGAAAACCACCCUCGUGGACCCGAAGGAAAAGAGUUUAAGUUACGACAGGAUAAACGACAUCUAUGUCAAAGGGUGGCUAUUCGGGCUGGAGAAGGACAUGCAGAAGACAGACAUCCACUACCGCUCCGUGACGGGGGAGGGCAUCUUCAACUGGCGGUUCACCUUCACCUUGGACUACCUGGCAGCAGAGCACGUGUGUGUCUUGAGCGAGAAGGACUACAUAUGGAGCCUGGACCCCACGGUGACGAAGUUCCCAGCCCGGCUCAUCAUCCAGGUCUGGGACAACAACAUCAUCUCCACGGAUGACUUUCUAGGGGUCCUGGAGCUGGACUUGUCGGACAUGCCCCUCCCGGCCCCGCACUCCAGGCUGUGCUCUGUAAGGAUGCUGGAGGCUGACCCCAAGUGGCCCCACUUCCUCCAGCACAAGCACUCGUCUCUCUUUAAGAUGAAGAAUGUGGCUGGCUGGUGGCCUUGCCAGGUUCUCGAUGGUGGCAAAUGGCGCUUGUCGGGUAAAGUGAAGAUGACCCUGGAGAUACUGACAGAGAAGGAAGCCUUAAUCAAGGCGGCAGGACGAGGCCAGUCAGAACCCAACCAAUACCCUACACUCCAUCCUCCCUUACGCACCCACACCCUGUUCAUGUGGUUCCGGUCGCCCAUUGGGAAAUUCAUCCGUGUAGUCUGGAGACGCUACCGCUUCAGAAUCAUAGCCACUGCCAUCAUACUGCUCAUAGGGCUUCUGCUGUUCAACUUUAUCUAUUCGGCUCCGAACUAUUUGGCCAUGAGCUGGAUCAAACCGGAACUUCGGCUGAAUGCCCCCAUUCAAAUAUACGCCAAUAUCAUCAACGCGCCAAACACCAGUAGUGCCAACUCUUCCAACCUCACCACUCCCCAGCAGAGCCUGAAACGUACAACGGCCCUUAGGCUGAAACACCUCCAGGGACACGUGACACACCUGCGGGAUAUUCUUCCAGAACUUCUGGCCCCACAGAACUAAUCCCCCCCGCCACCCGCCAGGCUGGGCUCCUGGCCCACCAGCAGCCCUACCCCUCAGCUUCCUACCAGUUCCUUGUUUCUGGGGACCUGGAAUAGUCUGGCCAUUCCGUUCAGAAACUACUUCCAACAAGCAGGGCAGAGCUGUAAUUUUCCACUGAAAUAAAGAGCAUUUGUAACAGAGAGGCACCUCGUAUCUGGGUGGUUGACACCGCCACAGGCAAGGCCAGCCUCUGGGACGAGACCUAGAAGGGCGGGAGGCACCUCUUUGAGCCUCCAGGGCUCAUCCACUGUGUGGAGCUCAGGUUAGAGGAAACAGAAGGCCAGAGCAUCCGUGAGGAGAGAUGGCUCCUGGAGGGUAAGGCCGCUGCCCUCCCCCGUCACGUGGCCAGGUGGCCCCUUCGCCCUGGGACACAGCUGGGACUCCAGGGCCCAGAGCGGUGUUGGGCCCCACUCACGACAGGAAGGCUGCCCUAGGGGCUCAGCUGGUAAAGAAUCUGCCUGCAGUGUGGGAGACCUGGGUGUGAUCCCUGGGUUGGGAAGAUCCCCUGGAGAAGGGAACUGGCGUGUUUCUAGAACAAAAGGCAAGAACCAAAGCAAAAGCUACACUAGUCAGACCUCACACAUGUUGCUCUGAGGCUGGCCCUGAGUCAGGGGCUGGGGGUAGUAUACCAUCUUUCACGUCUUCUCGCCUUCCUCAGAGCCUCGAAAAAUUCCUGAGCUAGAAUCACACAAAAGACACAAGUGUGGUCUCCUCAAUGAUGAGAUCUCCCUCCUGCACCCCAGUUCGGGCCAGUUCAUGAGCCCAGCCUUGUGCCCCCAACACAGGCGUCUAUCCAAUCUCCCCUGGAGCUCAAAAACACAAAACAGCCAUCUGCUUCCUCAGUUUCAAAGAAACUGGUCUGAAGGCCAAGCCCUGGCGCAUAGGGGAGGUUGGGAGGGCCCCACUGUCAUCCCACCUGCAGGAGAGGCCUACAGCUCGUGGGAAGGAUUCGAGAAAGCCAAAGACAACAGAAAUCACUGCCCCUCCCACUGGCCAAGGGGACCCUCCUUGCCUUCUGCACUGAGCAGAGGGCUCUCCCAUCCCAGAAGGGCAAGGGUGGAUGGGCUGAAAGUUUAGCCAAACCCACCCCUGGAAGGAAGGCCACACAGAAGGUCAUGUUUGGUUUUCAUCAGCCACAUUAAGACUUUCCCUCGGACUACAGAAGCGCAGGGCUAGGAGAGCUGAGUCCAGACCCUCCAGGGAGAGCCCCACCUGUCAGCAGCAGAAUCACAGGGCGCACAGGCGAGCAGCGCCCGACUCCUCGCCAGGUAAGGCAGUGGCAUCAGGGCUGGCCCAGAGAGGAGGGCGCUCAGGCUCUGCUGCUCAAACAACACUGAACUCUUCCAGGCACAGGUGACGGGGAUCCACUGCUCCCAGAUUUACAACCACCAUUUCCCAUCACUUAAGAAAGGGAGGCAAGAGUUCCUCUUUGGGGAGCAUCCAAACUGAGGCUAUAGUAGAAAUGUUCCUUACAUCUUGACACUCUAAGUAGGAUUCCAAAAGUCAUGAACACAAAACAUGCAGCGAAGCAGGCUCUGGAGCAUCCAGAAACAUUUCCACGUCCUCAGGUCACAUGGUAGAGGUUGCAUUCGGUGUCAAAACGUGAAGCAGUUUCACAGUUAGUCCCACAGCACCCGUGACAUCUCCCAAGCGUCUCUCGACUUCACACAUCUGACCGGGGGCCUAAAGAGGCCUAACUGGGAGUGUCACAAA